GCCUCAGGUAACUGCCUCUAUUAAAAAUUAGCUUUAGGCCACUAAUUUUAUUGAGUCACCCUUGCUCAUAGUAUAUAUCUCUAGUGUAAAUGUAUUCUCCGAGAAAUUACCGGAGAAGUAGUAGUGACGAGAAGAUCAAUCGGAAGGGGAAGUACUUAUCAGAGAAAUCCAUGUCAUUCCACGGACAAAGCUCAGAGAUGAUCACAUCGGAGUUGCUGAGAAGGCCUAGAACUGUACCUGAUUUGCUCUCCUUGAGUAGGCUUAUUACUACUACAGGAACAUCACCGGAAGUGAAGGAUAAGUUGAAGUUGACGAAGUUACUGUUAAAUGUUACGAUUCAGAGAAGUAUUGGUCCUGUACAGGUUUUAAUAUCGCUUGAAUCAACGGUUCAGGAUCUUAUUGCUGCAGCUCUCCGGCAAUACUCUAAAGAAGGAAGACGUCCGGUUCUUACCUCCAGCAAUCCUGCAGAUUAUGAUCUUCAUUACUCGCAGUUCAGCUUAGAAAGUUUGGACAGGGAGGAGAAGCUGAUGGGAUUAGGUUCAAGAAACUUUUUUCUGUGUCCAAAAAUGUCAAAAGCUAACGGUGCCGUAACGGCGUCGUCUUCUAGCUGUGCAAAGCAAGCUGAGAAAGUUACUGCUACAAAGAUUUCAUUGCCUUGGCUUAAAUUCAUGAAUUUCAUGAUGUGAAGAAAAUUUCACAGCUUAAAAAAUUAUACUAGUAAUUUUGGCACCGUAAGUUCGAGAUUAUUGUAUAGCAAAUAUUGAAGUAUAUUUUUAUUAUAUUAUAGAUGGAAGUUGGGGAGGUGAUUCAUAUUUUAGAUCUCUCAGCUUGUAGAACAAGAGUAAUGCUUAGCUAUUAGAUUGAAAAAUGCUUUCAAUAUAGAAGCUAUCAGUUUAUUUA